CACGGUCCGUCGGAAUCGAAUUACAUUCGACAAGGAUUGCCGGCAACUCUGAAUCCAAUAGAUUGUUGGAGUUUCUAACUAAAUCGCCAUGAGUGGAAAUCUCUUUCGAAUUUACGGCAACCGCUACAUUUCGGUGCUGAGCCGUGUUUGGGCAGGAAACUCCCAGGCUGUAAAAAAUUCCGAAGAAGCGCUCAGGAAAAUACUGGAGGCUAAAUUUCCCCAGGCAAAGAACAUCGUAGUUAGCGAUAUCUCGGGGGGAUGUGGCUCAAUGUACGACAUUUUUGUGGAGACAACAGAAUUCAAAGGGCUGUCCACCGUCAAGCAGCACCGACUAAUAACGGAAAGUCUGAAGAAUGAAAUCAAGACCAUGCACGGCCUGCGGAUACAUACUUCGAUCGUUGAGUAGAAUAUAAGAGAAUAGCCUCAGUUUUGUUUUAUUAGAAAGCAGUAGUAAGAACGUAGAGGAUAGCAUUCGUUUUGUUACGUUACUUACGGUUUGCUAGUGAUUAUGCGGCCUCGGAUCGCUGGAAUGUUUUCUGCUGAGCAACCGUGAUUUGGCACCAAAUUCGCCGGAACACCCACAAUCGACUACGUCAGUAAACUUGGCUGAUUUAGCAUUAAAAUGGCUCGUGUGGCCACGAAUACUUACUUCACAAGGAAUUUUAUAUCACACCAAUCGCUCACCGCAAACAACGUUAUCACUCAAGUCUCAACCAGUUGGCCAACAACAACAAUUAUCUCUGCGGUUACCACUUAAAUAACAAAAGAGAGCGAAUACUCAAUCAUUUACGCAUCUGUUUUGUUGUGAGUGAUGUGACAGUUCCGAUAUCAGUCUGACACUUCGAGGGGAAGAAAGAUAGUUUGACUCACAGAUGGCGCCACAGGUUGUUCGAUUGAUAAUCGAUCUUUGAAUUAAAAACAGAGAGUUCAACUGAAAUCGCUUUUUCAGCUCGUGUCAAAACUGUUUGAAAGGUACUGUAAACAGAUUCAAUUUCACUAUAGGUUGGAAGAUUUGAUUUCAAGUAAUAUGGCCACUAAAAAAGCCGCGAGUAGUUUCAAAGUGAACCCAAAAUCGUCCUUUGAUAAAAUACAUAUAUUUCUGAACUUAUAUCACCAGGACCAGGUUCGAUAUACAAUAAAAAAAAUACAAUUU